CGAGAGUGUGUAAUAAUAAAAAUGAAAGUGUGAGUGAGAUGAUUUAUUUUUCGCUUAUCCAGCAUAAUUUUGUGAAAUUGAAAUCUUUUAAUCAGAAUUGUAUAAUUCAUCUGCCGUAGUUUUAUGUUUAGACUAACAAAUAUUCAAAGUGUUUUAUCACUGUGAAUCGUGUUUUUCAGUGAAGGUGUUUUCCCCUUAUCACUGAAUUAGUUCCUGAAACGCUCCCGUAUCGCCUCCUUUCAGAAAAUGUCCGCUAUUUCCGAGUGCUUUCUUGUCUUCUACACCAUCUCUACUUGACGCUCUAAAUCAUGAUUAUCUCUGCAUUUGACUGUCAUGUCGUUUUGAGAUAAAAUAGGAAACGGACCUGGAACCCCCUGGAACUUUCUGCAUGAUCUCAGGAAGGUUAGCUACACAGGUUCAUAAUGAAGGCAAUCCUCGUGCUCAUUGGUACGUUGGUGCAUCUGGGCAUCAAUGAAUACAUACCCCCUGGGCCGAAGUAUCCAUGUCCAACACGGAGGACUUAUCUGCAUUCGCCGGAGUAUGAUCCUUGUCACUGUAAAUCAGGCUCUGAUGCGGGUCUUUUUAUCGAGUGUGAAAAUACUAAUUUAGCAAACUUGGCUUUCAGUUUGAGCUCCUUCGCAGCUUUUGAUUCCCCAAUUGAAGAGCUGAAAAUAAGUCGUGCAAAUAUCUCUGUUUUUCAUGGUGAUAUUUUUUACGCUCUGAAAGUCCGCGUCUUGCGCUUGGAAAGCAUUCCCAUCCACGAAUUUGAUGCAGCUUUAUUCCGAGGUAUCAACUCCCAUCUGCAGCAGAUACAUAUUGUUUCAACUAAUCUCACAAAGUUUCCAGAGAAAUCUCUUGAGGCCUUGAAGAAUAUUCAUCUUGUGCGUCUCGAUGGUCAUAAUAUCUCUGCUCUACCUGAAGAUUUAUGCCGAGGAUUUCCAACUGCAGAAUCAUUUCAACUGUCGAAUGGAAGCUUAGCAGAAAUUUCAGUGGGUGGUUUCAAUUCAUGCAAAAAGCUGAAGAAACUGUUCCUGAGUCACAACAACAUAACGCAGUUGAAAAGCAACCAGUUCAAAGGACUGCGGGACUUGGAGGUUCUGGACUUGUCGCACAAUAAAAUUUCCAAACUAGAGGCAUCGUAUUUCAAUGACUUGAACAAAUUAGGAUGGAUCAAUAUGUCACAUAAUGAAUUGGAUUCGUUACCGAGAGGUGUCUUUGCUAGAAGCACUGUCCUGAAAGUCCUGAAUCUGGGGAACAAUAGAAUCAAGCGGUUGGAUCCGAAUUCCUUUCGAGGAAUGAGAUUAAUUCGGCGCAUCUUCUUAAAUGAUAACCUUAUAUCAGAUCUUGGGAGGAAUAUAUUCAGUGCCAUAACCAGAAUUGGCACGAUUGAUUUAGCACGGAACAAGUUGAAGAAAAUUGAUUCACUUCUAUUUUCAGGCCUUCAGUAUGCAGAGUUGAUUGAUGUCUCUGAGAAUGAAAUCACUGAAAUUGAAAAGGAAGCUUUCAAAGACAUCUACUUGGCGGAAGUUGAUCUCUCAAAGAAUAAAAUAUCAAAAAUCGCAGCUGGUGCUUUCAUCAACUGUAACAACUUAACUCGCUUGGAUUUCACGCACAACCAAAUCGAACAAUUCAACAAGUUUUCUUUUGAUGAAAACACUUAUGCUUUGUCUUUUCAGCUGUCUCACAAUCUGCUGAAAGAUAUGUCUAAAAUACCAUUAGCAAAUAUGACAGGUCUGAAAAUUUUGAACGUGUCUCACAAUGAAAUCACCACUAUCCCAAGGAACACAUUCCCCAAACUCUACAAUAUUUUCAUGAUCGACGCCAGUCACAACAAAAUCGAAGAAAUUGCUCAUGCCGUUUUUCAGCCGUUGCUCAGCCUACGCUUCCUCAACUUGCACAAUAACUCUAUCGAAGAAAUCAAGUCUCCCACUUUCGGCGCGAUGUCGACAGUUCUCGAAUUGGACUUGAGCUACAAUAAACUCUUUGCAAUUGGCCGUGGUGCCUUCAAUAAAUUGGACUCCAUCAGCCUUUUAAAUUUGAGCCAUAACGCUCUGCAGAAGGUGACGGACAUUCCUCCUGGUUUGACGAAAUUAGACCUAAGUUACAAUCAGAUAUCGGAAAUAACGCCUCUUAAUUCAUGGCCGUCUAUGAAUGCGCUUCUGUAUUUAAAUUUAAGUCACAAUAAUCUGCAAGAUUUUCUUGUUGGAGGCUCCUUCUCAAAUUUAUUGACGUUACGGUUUCUUGACUUGAGCUUCAACCAAAUGUCCAUCCCUCCAGUCGAGAGCAUUGCGGAGCUGUCUUCAAUGCAGGGCUUAGAUUUACAGGGCAACAUAAUAUCGGAACUUGGCCCUAAAUCAUUUGGAAAACAGGGCGUGCUGAGCAACUUAAAUCUAGCAAACAAUGAAAUCAGCAUCAUCAGCGUGGGGGCAUUUGAAGGAUUGAUUCAACUCACGCAUCUCAAUCUGUCGUCAAACAAACUAUCCAGUGUUCCAAACGGAGCAUUCUUCAGUUUAGUUGCAUUGCAAACGCUUGACUUGUCUUACAAUGAAAUAGAAACAUUGGAUAACAAGACAAACAGUUUGUUUGAAGACCUAUUAUCUUUAGAAAAUAUUCAUUUGAGUCAUAAUAAAAUCUCAUACAUUUCCCGCAAGACGUUUCCAAGUAUUCCUUACACCAAAUUCAAAAUCAAACGUGUCGAUUUAAGCUACAACACUAUACCGGUCAUGACCACUGAUAUGAAGUUUGGUACUUCUACUAUCAUCUCAUUGAACCUGAGUCAUAACAUCAUCAAUGAAAUAACUCCUUUGGUGAUAAAAAAUUUGACAUCACUGCAUGAACUUGAUUUAUCGUACAACAAUCUGGACAUCAAUCACAUUGAAAAAGGAGCUUUUGCUUUACCUCCAAACAUGACGUAUUUCAGCAUCGCAAACAACAAUCUAAAAACCAUACCUAUCGAUGACAUUCUGUCAUCACCGAAAAAGUUGCACGUUUUUGACAUUAGAAACAAUCAGUUUCCUCACUUAACAGAUGAACUACUCAGCUUAAUUUUGAAUGGAACGACAGUCUUGUAUGACGGUAACUCUUUCGCCUGUAACUGUUCAGCAAGGCGUCUAUACCGAUUUGUCAAUCAGAAUCUUCAUCCAGUGUCUCACUACUCUUCGCUGAGGUGUUCUAAACCAGAGACUCUUCGAGAACGCCUUUUUGUAGCUCUAAACGAGGACGAACUAAGGUGUGACUUUGAUUCUGAUGAAGAAAAUAAUAUUGACUUCCGGACAACACCAGAUGUCAUGUUCAAUAAACAGUAUAAUUCCAGAGCCCUUAAAGGAAUCAAUUUCUCCUGGAAAGUAUCCCAAAUAAAAGAUGACAUUGGGGAUUUGCUGAUGGUGGUCAGACCUAAGUCGAACUUGGGUUAUCAUGAAGGACCAAAAGCAUUAUUAUCAAAACUAGUUGCUUACAACAUUAGAUCUGACAGAAUCUCCAACGUUCCUUCCUCUGAUGGACCGUUGCAACUUUGCCUAUUCGCUCAGGAUAGCGAGGGGAAAAUUCGGGACAAAGUCACCGAUCAGUGUGAAGAUAUUCUCGUGAGCUCUGCCUGGGAUCAAGGAUUACAUCGCUUUUUGAUUCCUGUACCAUUACUUAUUUUGUUGUAUUCUUUACUAUCAUUUUAGUGUGUUGUGUAAUUUUUACACAGCUCUCAUGAAAGUCACCAUGAGCAUUUUAAAUGCUUAACUUUUGUGCAAUAUUUUUCCUUCAAGUUUUAUUUUUUUUAUUUUUACAUAGGUGUUUAAGUGUAUUUUUUUGAAACGUAUGUUUUUCGUUCACUGCUAAGCAAGGUGAACAAAAUUUUUUUUCCCUGAGUGACCGUAUCAUUAGAUGAAUUAGAAAAAAAACAAUUUUUUUCCAAGCUUUUGUCAGUGUUGAGAGUUCUGUACUUUAUUGCAACUGUCAUAGAGAGAUUUAAACUGUUAGUUGAUGCUUUUUUUUCCAAAAUAUUUUAGGGAAGGGUCAUCUCUUAACUACCAAACGGCUAGACACAUUUAUCAUUACAAAGUUACCAAAAUUUGUGUUGAACAAUUGUUUUUAAUUUUUUCCCCAAGCCGUUUAGGUGCAAUCAAAAUACUCCCCUAAAGGUUGUUAUCAGAUUUUUUUCUGCGACUGUCGAUUUUAGUCUGCACAAAAAAGUGUCAAUUUACUAAUUCUUUGGGUUUUUAAUGGAAGUAUUUUUAUAUUUUGUGAGGAUGAAACUUGCAUCGCUUUGAGUUUAACAGUAAUUGAACAUCAAUUUUCGUUAUUAUUUGAAUUCGAUUCAGAACUAUUUUUUUUGGCGUCAUAGAUUCGGCAUAUCGAUAAUCGAUCUCUGGAAGCAAUUAUUUUAUUUCAGCACUGAUACAAUAGUAUAAAUAAGAUCUGUGUAUGAAGAUAGUUUUAAUUAAGAUGAUCGUCUAGGUUUUCAAAUUAGGUUGAAGAUUUCGCCUAGAGUAGCACUAUUUCCUUAAGAGAACCUCAUAAUGUCAAUUGAUGACAGCAUUUAUUCACAGUGAUGCGAUUCAAUCACUUUGUGUUUUUUUGAUCCUUAGCAUCUCUCAUUCUUUAUUUAGUUAAUCAUUUUUUGUUGUUGUUUCUAUCAAACUUGAAUUGAAUACUCAAAAGCAACGAACUUCCAAAAUUAAUUGAAGGAUUAAUGGUCGGAAUUUACUGGAGUCAGCCUAAAUACAUUUUAUGUCACUUAAUUUCCUCUUAUAUUAUAUUUUAUCAACAAAGAACUAAGCUACUUAAUGUCUCUAAACUCUCUGUAAAGUUACUCUAGAUUAUGAAAAAUACUCUCACAAAAUUCGAAGUUUCUGCGUUGCUUAGUUUUCUGCCUAAGAAACGAAACAUCAGAGGAAAUUAGGCAACAUCUGAUGUCGUCAGGCUGACUCCUGUUUAAUCCGUCCAAAUGUUGUAAACAAUGCUCAGAUUUGCUCAAUGUUUUUUUGUAUGAUUUUACAUAGGAACGAUGUUUUUAAGUAGCAUUUCUAUAUUUCUAGAUAAUUUAAACAAGGAGGCUUAUUUUUAGUGUGUAAUAAUACUCAUCGCACAUAAUUCAUAUGAUUAAAUUUACUUACAUUUCUACUGGGUUGAAAUUGACCAAGUAAGUAUUAAGGAUAGGAUAUCUCAAUAUUGAUUGUUAAUUGAAAAAUCGUCGAUCAAAAAACAUCUUUUACAAUCUGGCUGAAAUCUCAUUCAACCGACAACCGCUCUGACUCUGCGUCUCUUCAUCUCAAUGGAAAUACCUAUUCGAUAGACUUAAAUUUUUUAUUUACUGAUUUGACAAUUAUGGAUUUAGAUCAUAGUAAUUUUUAACCUUUUUUAAUCCAACUUGCAUUUUUGAAUUGCUCAACGAUUUUUUCAAUGGUGUCGGCACUUUUGAUUUAUUUCAAAAUUUUUUAAGCACUGCCCCACAUGAGUGGAAAAGCUACCUCUAAUUCAGUAGAAUAGUAUAUGCAUACAUCCAUACUACUGUACCAAGGAAAAACACCGUAUGAGCCUUCAGAUGUUUCCAUAUUUCCUUCAACAAAGAACAAACCUGCUGGAAAAACUUUGAAUACUUUUCUUUCAAUUUUUCAGACAAUUUUGUUCGCAAUUUAAUCUAAAAUAUCUGGAAAUUGCAAGAAAAUGUAUGCAUAACUUUCCUAAAAAAUACCUUUUUCCCUGAAAUUUGGCAAAUUUUGAAUGUUUAUACGGCUUUCUUCCUUACCAUAGUAGUAUCAUUAUCAGGUCUAAGUCUGAUUAUUUAAGACUUAAAACAUCUUGUCUAUUCUAUCCCUGAAUUUCCUCACCAGUUCUACUUCCAUAAUACCUCUCAUAGGAUUCUCAUUAGAAUAUUCUAGGAUCUGUGCUAAAAUUUCUUUCAAUGAAAAAAGUGAAUUAAUGAAAGAAGUUUUUUUCAAGACUUUUGCAAGAAUUCUUUAAGGUUUUAGCCGUCAUCAUAAGAAAGAGGUGAAAUUUUCCUUAAAAGGGAGGCUAACUGUGCUGCUUCUUCUCCUCAAGUAACACAAUUGGAUAUUUUUGUCUAUUUUUUGUCAGAAAAAGAUACAAAUUUUUGCCAAAUGAGAUGGUUUGCUUCCUGAUUUUUUUAGGAGUUCUUAACUCUUGUUAAUUUACCCUGACGUGGACCCAAGCUAUAUUUACGAUAAAAAAAUGAAGACUGUAUUCUCUUUAGUGAAAAACUUUCAUACCCUCAGCUGUGGGAUGAAUUUAAACAAAAAUGGAAUGUUAUCUUCUGAAAGCAGUUGAGGAUUGACUGUGGAUGACGUGCCACCUUGCGCAGAAACAUUAAUUGUUAAUUUACUGCAUGUGACUGUCAAAAGUAAACAACUAUCUAACUAUCUGACAUGAGUUCUACCUUAAUCAGUUUUAAGUGAGAAAAUAGAUCUGUUGGUAACAUUGUUAGUAACAAUGCCUGUUUUAUUUUAAACUUGGUAAUGUUGCAUCAGAACCUUGUUAUGUUUCCGGAAGUAUUUACCAUAAUCCACUUGUAGGAUGAAAAAUAUGUUUCUCAUACUCUCACUAUUCUUGUAUACUUUUUUCAGUGAAAGCGUGUGGAUCUACUUAAAUUUCCAAGUAUUACUUAGUCUUUACCACUGUACAUUUAUUCAUGCUAAGUUUUUCUAUAUUAAAUUGUAAUUUUGUUUUAUUGUGGCUGUGUUCAACGAAACUUAAUUAUUGAUAAAUAGUUUUUAAAAUGAAGUAAGAUGAAGAAAAGGUAAAAACGUAAAUACAUAAGAGUUUUGUAAAGUUGGUCUACAAAUUGUAAAUAGGUAAACAUGUUACUACCACGCAGGGCAUUUCUGCCAUGCUAAGGAAAAACGCCGUAUAAACCUUCAGACAUCGCCUAAUUUCUUCUGAUGAAAUAUCUCCCAAUUUUUCAGUGAAUUUUCUUCUCAAUUUAAUUUCUAAAAUCUGAAAAUUUCAAGAUAGGAAAGAUACUCAUAAAUUUCCUAAAAAAUGAAUUAUUUAUAAGGGGAAUUAUGACAACAGUUAAAUGUUCAAGUGGCCUUUUCCCUUGGCAUGGCAGACUUAGGAUUAUUAUCAAGAUACUGAGUUUGAUCGAAGUUGCUGAUGGUAUUGAAAUGAUGCAGGGUCAUUAUGGUUAGUAGUGUAUGGAUUUUUACUGCGUAUUUUUAUUUUUGUUCGUGAUGCGAUUGUUUCUACUAUCUGUAGCUUACAUUACAUUCCAUUCCUUGAUUUGAUAGCUAAAUCAUUGACCCAUGUUUGUUAUUAAAAUAUUGGAAAAUGAGAUUUCUAAACUUCUGUUCUACACUGUUCUUCACAGAGUCAUAGAGGAGUGUUUUUUCCCUUAAAAUUUUGGACAUGUACGCAAUUUUUUUGCACAAUAAUUCUAUUUAAAUUUCAAGUAGAAUUUAAUUUGUAACUUACGAAUCCAUCAAAUUUUAAUUUUAAAAUGAAACUAUAGUGGGAGUAAUCAAACAACAAGAAAUCAAACUUAAUUUUCUAAAAUACUGGUUUCCUUUUAAAUUUUUGGCAAAAAACUGUCCAGAGAUGACUUUCAGAUAUUUUUCUCUGAAGGGAGCACUCUGUAAACCCUAAAAUAGAGCUGAAAGUAUGCACACAAUAAAGUUAGUUUUUUGAAACUACUAAUAAAAUGCUAUAUUUCGUGCUCACACAUUGUCAGCUUUAUUAAGGUUUACAAAAUAGAGUCUUUGAUGAAAAACAGUUGAAAUGUGCCUCAUGUAUAAUCGAUUCCUUUUUUUUUUUACGGUAUUUUUGAACAGUAUUUUAGCAAAAUAUGUUCGAUAUCUCGAUGAUUACUUACCUCUCCUACAAAUUCACUUGUAAUCCUAAUCUUGUUACUAUUGUUCAGUACAUUUUGAGUUCUGAACUAUGUUUUAAUUGGUAGUUCAUGACUAUGAACACAUUUUAAUUUUUUCUAUGAUAAAAGUUUGCGGAAUGAGAAAAAGCCUUUAAAAAGUAAAUAAAAUACCUAAUCAUGUCAUCUUCUUACCUCUAGUUACCUUCCAAUCUCUCUCUCUCUCUCUCUCCCCCUCUCUCUCUCCCUCCCUCUCCCCAUCGCUCGCUCCUUCUUCAAUGGAUAAAUUCUAAAAUUUGACUGCACAUUGUAAAUAAUUCUGAAGACAAUCUUCUCACAGUAUUAUACACAGUAUACUUUCGCUGAAUGAGAUUUACACAAUGCAUGAAAUCUUUCUUCGGCCAAAUAUUGUAACCACUUGAGUUUUCCGAUUUUGUAAUGACAGUUUCGUUUCCUCUUUUUUAAUGGGGUUUCCAGGCCUGGUUUUAUACUAAGUACAUUUAUAUUUUUCUGAUUUCUGAUGGUCGAUACUUAGCACAAGUAAUUCCUAUUUAAGUUAAGACACAAUUUAGUUUUGGACUUGAUCAUCCAGAUUCCAAUUUAUAAUCUUGUUUAUUUGAAUCUUUGCAAUCGUACAUUACGCCUUUUAGCAUCAUCCAGUCUGAAGGUGUAUCAAAAGUUAUUGCUUCAGGAAAGAGUAUUUUCUUAUUUUCAAUUAAUUAAUUGAAUCUUUUUUUUUUCAAUAAAUUUUUUCUAGCCUUUUCCUUGAACUCGUAAGCAAUGACUAAUGAUUUAAACGCACUUUGUAAAUGAAGUCUUGGGCACUUCUAAGUUUCACUGUCCUUCGCGCCCCUCAAUUGUGAAUCAGUAUCAAAGUUUUCACUUUAUAUUGUGCCAAGUAAACAUUCAAUCAAGAUUUAUACCUCGAAUUAUUUUUUCUACUGUAUUAUUUGUAAUUUUACUUGUUUUUAUAUUCUUCAUUUAAAGCUCUCUAUCUGCCAAAAACUUGCUGCUGUGAGUAACUGUAAUGUCAUGUGUCAGUGUUUAAAUCCAGGCCCUAUUUUUAUGUUAUUGUUGCAAACAAAACAUAAAUAAACCUUUUUUUUUCCCUUGAA